ACAUGCUGCGGGAUUUGCUGGAAAACAAGUCAGAAAAAGGUCUGGAUCCAGCAGGUCCUGGUUUUCGUUACAAAACAAGGGACAGGCGUCUAGAUAAAACAGACGCUCGUUUAGUCGAUGUAAUACAUACCAAUGGCGCUGAUGAUAUUUUAAAAGGUUUUGGCAUCAAGCAACCUAUUGGCCAUAUAAACUUUUAUCCUGAGGGAGGUGAAGUGCAAGCAGGAUGUCAACCUUCUUUAAAAGUUCUUAAUAAUUUUAAAAAUGAAAUGAAGGAUAUCUGGUACAAAAACUUAUUCCAAGCAAUGAGCAAGAUAAUUACAAAACGGAUAAAGGAAGAAGUGACGAAGUUAAUUCAAGACUUGUCCUGUAGUCAUUCAAGGUCAACACAGCUGUUUAUUGCAAGUAUUAGACUAUGUAAAUUUGAAUCUGUAACUUGCGAAAGUUGGGAACAUUUCAGCAACUGUAAAAAUGUAUCUUCAAAACUCAUGAUGGGAUUUUAUGCAAACAAAAAUAUAACAGCAAGUGAAACAGAUGAGAAAUUUUACUUGAAAACUGACGAAUCUUACCCUUAUUGUAAAUGAGGAAAACUCGUGUAACAUGUAUUAAGACUACAAUGUUUUUAUUCUGUUUGAAUUUAUUGUACAAUUUUAA